AUGGAGAACACGAUGGAGGCAGUGGGGCGCAACUGUGGCACAGAGCUCGCGACGUUCGAGCGAUGUAUUGUCGCAAAUAAAGGCGACGCCUCCAAGUGUGUAGAGCCGCAGCGCGCACUUUCGCAGUGUGCAGCGCGCGCCGUGCCGAUGCUGCAAACGGUCAAGGAGCGCUGCGGCCCGCUGAUUCGCGCGUACGACAUGUGUGUCUCGCAAUACAGUCAAAAAUCAGACGAUGAGGUUGCUGCGGCGUGUACGCCCAAGCUGCGUGCACUGUGGGAAUGUACCGAGGCGGUGAAGCAGGAAACGCAGUCAUAA